AUGAAGUUAAAUUUACUAUUAUUAUUAUUUAUCGUUGAACUAGUUGCUGCUGUUACAAAUUACAAUCUUGGUUCUGCACCAGUUAGCCGAUAUUUACUGAAAACCGGUACAUAUUCGCCUGUGGCCGCCUCCAGAGUUUGUAAUGAUAACUGCUAUUCUUUCUAUGAGGGGGAGUUAUUCUGUGGAAAGUUUGAUUCAAAUGUAUCAGAAACGGACUAUUUAAACUGUCUUUGUCUUAACAAACAAUACCGUUCAAAUUUCGAAGGGUGCAACUGCAAGUCCGAGUCAGAAGUAAAUUUCUUUGAUUGGAAGUCUUCGUGUUCAGAUAUAUCAAGUGUCAAAAACUACCUGUUGCCAACCACACAGCUUGGUACCUGCAACUCCCAUUGCAGUGCUUAUCAAACUAUACCCGCUGAAUGUCUAGUUUAUGAAUCAGGAAAGUACCAAGAGGAUCAAGUUUGUAUAUGUCAAAAUGCAGAGUUUUGGUAUCAUUACGAAAAUUGUGACUGCCUAGACUUUGGUGAUGUUGAUCAUGAAUAUGAAGAUAUCUGUUAUUACGCAACAAAUUCUUUUGUAACUAGUGAUGAUUAUUAUGACUCCUUUUUUGCAACCUACACCGAAGGUUCAUUUGAAAGUAUAUUAGAAAAAGGUAGUUUUUUAGCUGAACAAAAAGGUUCUAUCACUUCUGGAUUGGCGUCAAAAACAGAGACAUCAAAGGUUUCCACCACCACGUUUUCGUCAAAUGGUACUAGCAGUGGAACCACCAACGGUGAUACUAGAGCUGAGACCAAAAGCAGUAACUCAACACAAACAUCAUCAUCUGAUAAAAACAGUUCUCAAAUCAACUCAAUCUCAUCAACAGGAGUUGCCAAUUUUGUAGCUAGUUUUGGAAUGGGUACGUUAUUGUUGUUUGUUCUCAGUUUGUGUUGA